AUGUCCAAAUAUUCUGUAAUUCUACCCACUUAUAAUGAAAGGGAGAAUUUACCAAUUAUCACUUAUUUGAUCUUUGAAAUGGCUAAAAAGAAGUAUUCUUCAAUAUAUAUUAAAAAGUAAUUUGGAUUUUGAGAUUAUCAUAAUAGAAGACAAUUCUCCUGAUGGUACUUUACAGGUAGCAUAAGAAUUAAAGAAAGUAUAUGGUGAUAAGUUGAUCAUUCAUUUUAGAGAAAAAAAACUUGGUUUAGGAUCUGCUUAUAUGGAUGGGAUCAAACUUUGUCAUGGCAAUUUUGUUGUAAUUAUGGAUGCAGAUUUAUCACAUCAUCCAAAAUAUUUAGUUGACUUUAUCCAAAAAUAGAAAUAAACUAAUUGUGAUAUAGUGACAGGAUCUAGAUAUAUAAAUAAAGGAGGUGUUAUGAAUUGGGGUUUUGAUAGAAAACUUACAUCUAGAGGUGCCAAUUUUCUAGCUUCAACAAUGUUAGGAGUGAAGUGUUCUGAUUUAACAGGAAGUUUCAGAUUAUACAAAAGAGAAGUCUUAGAAAAAGUAAUUAAAGAUGUUGUCUCAAGAGGAUAUGCUUUUCAAAUGGAAAUCAUCAUUAGAGCAAGAUAAUAUGGAUAUACAAUAGAGGAAGUAUAAAUAUAUUAGAUAAUUUAAGGUGCCUAUUGUUUUUGUUGAAAGAAUCUUUGGAGAAUCGAAAUUGGGGGCAUCAGAAUUUUAAAUAUACUUAAAGGGAUUAUGGAAAUUGUUGUGGACAUUCUGA